UUACGUCAAAUAUGGAGGAGGAUCGUCUUUUUGAUGAGCGAAUUUCAAUUCGAGAAUCUGCCCGUCCUCUUAAGAAAUACGGGAGUACAUGCAACCACAUGAAAAGGAACGAGGAAUACAUCAAACAUGUAAUGGCAAAGGGCGACACGUUACAAGGGAUCGCGUUAAAAUAUGGUGUCACAAUGGAGAAGAUAAGGCGGGCGAAUCGUCUGUUUGCGUCGGAUAGUUUGUUUUUGAGAGAAUACUUGCUGAUUCCUGUAACUAAGGAGUCUCCUUUCUAUGCAAAUGGGGAGAAGGUGAGAGAGCCUGCGCCACCCAGCCACCGUGCCUCAAUCGCCGGAAUGCCAACCAGGGACUUCUCACCUGGAAGUCCAGAUGAGAAAGAGUCAUUCGACAAUUUCCUCAACAGAUUGGACUCCUCCAUUGCUAAUAUCAAGAAACAUGUAGAAAAGUCUAAAGAAAACAGCGAAUUCGUGAAAGAUAUCGAAGACGGUUUCGUCAGGCAUCGGCCGACGGCGCGUCUGAGGCAGUCACAUUCCAUGGGCGCCUCUACGUCAUAUAAUGAGGUCAUACCCCCGCCCUUGCCGCCUCCACCGGCCCCCCUCACGCAGGGACGCAGGGUCGACACGUCGCUCAAACGCCUGGAAAGAGUCCACGACGACUUAUUCCAGUUGUAGCGGCCGAGACAGCGCAGAUAUGCGCGUUUAGAAUGAGCGUGAUGCUUCGCCGCUGUGACGUCACAGCUCCCGAAGGAUCACCCAACUGGGCAUCCGAGUGAAGCCUAUACGAAGAUCGUAUGAACUGAAAGUACAUGCUUGGUGUUAACACUUUCACUACGAGUGAUAUUAGGUAGUAAAUAAAUGUAAUAUAUGAUCUGUUUGUUGAUUAGGUCGCGUUCGUACUGACAGGGGUCUAACUUAGCGUCGUUGUAGCGAUGUUUUAUGUUGAAGAACAGUCUUUCCAUUAGAAGGAACAAAUUAUUUACCAAUUAUUGAAGAACAAAGUCUUGCCUUUAGUCUCAAACUCGUCGCUUCUUUAAUCUGACGCUUUUGUAUAAGUUAAUGUUCUAACGAUGAGUAGUAUGUGACAUCAUUGCUAUUAAAAAAAGAUAUCUAACCCCUCUGGAAUAUGGCUCUCAUGACUCAUGAGUGCUAAACCUUAUAAACUGAAAUAAGUUUUAUACUACAGAAAAAAAAAUUUAAACAUUAUAUCCCAUUUUAAAGUACGCAAUUAUCCGCAUUGCAUUCAAUCGCUAUUAAGUUGAUUGAAAGCAAGAAAUGUAUGUAAAAUAUUAUUACUUUUACCGUCGGAUUGGCGCAGUGGGCAGCGACC